UUCUGUUUCAGUCUCACUCGUACAGGUGAUGUGAGAGGCACAGCUUCUUAUACAUUUAGGUUUAGAGGGUUACCUUCUGGAUUUCUGUUAAAUCUCUAAGUGUCAUGCAGAGGAGGUUUGUUUUAGCUUAGACGUCAUGACUUGGACAAACCCCCUGACCCUGCUUCGGCAGGGCUGGACGAGGCACUGGAACCCGGAGAGACCGGUCAGGACGGUGGUCUCCAACCUGCCCUUUGAAGAUCUGAAGAAACGUGAGCAGCCCAACCGUCGGUAUGAGGGCAACGCCAUCAAAACCAACAAAUACAGACUGUGGUCCUUCAUCCCCAUGAACUUAUUCGAGCAGUUCCACCGUAUGGCCAACAUUUACUUCGUGGGUCUGGCCAUCUUGAAUUUUGUCCCAGUGGUGAACGCGUUCCAGCCGGAGGUGGCUCUCAUUCCCAUCUGUAUAAUCCUGGCACUGACCGCUGUCAAGGAUGGUUGGGAGGACUUCCGGAGAUAUCAGACUGACCAACAGCUCAACAAUACACCCUGCUUCAUAUUCAGCAGGAAGCAGAUGUUUUUCGUGGAGAGGCGAUGGAAGGAUGUCCGCGUGGGGGAUUUUGUGAGAGUGCUCUCUAACGAGAUCAUCCCAGCUGACAUCCUGCUCCUGCACACAUCUGACCCCAACGGAGUGUGUCACAUGGAGACAUCUAAUCUGGACGGAGAGACCAGCCUCAAACAGAGGAAGGUGGUGCCAGGCUUUUCUACUCUGGGUGAACCAUUUCAACCUCAAACAUUUGACAGCACUGUAGUGUGUGAAAACCCCAACAACAACCUCAACCUGUUCAAAGGUUAUGUGGAGAGGCCUGAUAAGAGGAGAACGGGUUUCGGCAUCGAUAGUCUUCUUCUGCGCGGCUGCAUGGUGAGAAAUACUGAUGAUGCAGCUGGAAUAGUGGUGUACACAGGACACGAGACCAAAUCCAUGUUAAACAACAGCGGGCCCAGAUACAAACGCAGCAAGAUCGAGAGGAAGAUGAAUACAGAUGUUCUCUUCUGCGUGGUUCUUCUUUUCAUGUGUCUCAUCGGAGCCCUGGGCCAUGCGAUCUGGUUGGAAAGUUUUCCCAGCAUACCCUCAUACAUCGUCCCUGACAGUAAUGGCAAUUACACUUCUUCAGUCCUCUCGGGAUUUUACAUGUUCUUCACCAUGAUCAUCUUACUACAGGUGAUGAUCCCUGUCUCACUGUACGUGUCCAUUGAGCUGGUGAAGAUGGGGCAGAUCUUCUUCAUCACUCAGGAUGUGGAACUGUACGAUGAAGAGCUGGACCGUCGGGUCCAGUGUCGGGCUUUGAACAUCACUGAGGACUUGGGACAGAUCCAGUACGUCUUCUCAGAUAAGACCGGGACGCUCACAGAAAACAAGAUGGUGUUCAGACGCUGCUCCAUCAUGGGGACGGAGUACUGUCACGAGGAGAACGCUGCUCGUUUGGCGGUCAUCAAUGGAGCUAAUGAAGAGGAGGAGGUCACCAUCUACCAACAGACAAAGCUUCCUUCACUCUUCCCUCUGGAAGAAUUACAGGACAUCCACACAGGAGACGAAAAUCAAGCCAACGCUCAAGUCACAGCUGCCAAUCAGCGCAGAUCAAGAGAGGCAGCGGGAGCCCAAAGUGACAUGGCCUUCAGCAGUCCUCUGGAAACAGUGGUGGUUCCAGACAGGAAGCUGAUGCUGGAGGUGGACCGUGAGAUGGCGAGCAUCCAGACCGGACCCUACCUGGACUUUUUUCUGGCUUUGGCCGUCUGCAACACCGUGCUGUUGUCCUCAGUGACGGCCCAAAGACAGCGGGUCAAAGGGCGCCGUAGCUCCUCAUACUCAGGAGGUUCAUUUCAUAACAUGCGGCAGUGGUUCAGAAAGUGUAGUCUGGGGAAGGUGUUCACCUCCAUGAGGUUCUUCAAGAGAAGAGGAGAGACACUCAGAGAUCCUUUCUCCAUCGAUGAAGACGAGUCCGACGGGUUUCACAGCUCCGACGUCUCAGACGCCACGGAGCAGAAGGACAUUUCAAGUGAACGCAAGGUUAACAGCGGUCUGUCUGGGUCGGAGGAGAUGUGUUACGAGGCCCACAGCCCAGAUGAGGCCGCUCUGAUACACGCAGCAAAGGCUUAUGGGUUCACCAUGGUGGAGCGCACUCCUCAUUAUGUGACCGUCAAGCUGCCCGAUGGAGCGCUGCUGAAGUUUGAGGUGCUGGACAUCCUGACCUUCGACUCCACGAGGAGGAGGAUGUCCAUCAUAGUGCGACAUCCACACACUAAAGAAAUCAUCAUGUACACGAAAGGAGCUGAUUCUGCCAUCAUGGAGAGACUGGGCAAUGUUUUUACAGAUAUGUCACAAGUGUACAGUGAGGCGAAGCAAACGGCUGUAAAAACUCAAAGAGACCUUGACAUGUACGCCAGGAAUGGAUUACGGACGCUGUGCUUUGCCAAAAAGGUCAUCAGUGAGCAGGAGUUCAGGGCCUGGUCUGCGCUCAGACAGGAGGCUCUGUCGGCCAUAGAUGAGAAAGAGGAGCGUCUGAUGGAAACCGCAAACUUCAUCGAGAGCAGCUUCACUCUGCUGGGAGCCACUGGCAUUGAGGACCGUCUCCAAGAAAGUGUCCCAGAAACCAUCCAGGCUCUGAGACGGGCUGGCAUGCAGGUAUGGGUGCUGACAGGGGACAAACCCGAGACGGCCAUCAACAUCGCUUACUCCUGCAAGCUGCUGGAGCAUGAGGACCUGGUGUUCACCUUCAGCACCAACAGGAAGUCUGUGUUUAAAAUGAGGCUUGAAGACACACUGGGAGAGCUGCGACGGAGUACACUGUCUCCUGGAGCAGACCCUCAGUUCAGGGGUUAUAGUUCAGCGUUCACUGGCCCUCUGAUGGAGCCCAGUAUCGGGCUGGUGAUAGACGGGUCGACUCUGAGCAUGGCCAUGUCAGACGAGCUGGUGGAGCAGUUCGUGGAGCUCUGCAAACACUGUCGAGCGGUGCUCUGCUGUCGAGUGACGCCGCUGCAGAAGAGCGCCGUGGUUAAACUCAUUCGGCAGAAACUGAGGGUCAUGACCCUCGCCGUAGGUGAUGGCGCCAAUGAUGUGAACAUGAUUCAAGCUGCAGACGUCGGUAUUGGUGUUUCUGGACAGGAGGGGAUGCAGGCUGUCAUGGCCAGUGAUUUUGCCAUCACACGCUUCAAACACCUGCAAAGACUGCUGCUGGUUCACGGACACUGGUGCUACUCCAGACUGGCAAACAUGGUCAUCUACUUCUUCUACAAGAAUGUGGCCUACGUGAAUCUGCUGUUCUGGUAUCAGUUCUUCUGCGGCUUCUCCGCCACAGCCAUGAUCGACUACUGGCUCAUGAUAUUCUUCAACCUGUUCUUCACCUCUGCUCCUCCCAUUAUGUUUGGGAUCAUGGAGAAAGAGGUGUCAGACUCCACAUUACUGAGCCUGCCUGAGCUCUAUAAGAGAGGACAGCACUCGGAGGGCUACAGACGUUCGACAUUUUGGAUUGCGAUUCUCGAUGCUUUCUAUCAGAGUCUCGUGUGCUUCUUUAUUCCAUACUGGACAUACAAUGGUUCAGACAUCGGCAUAUUCGCAUUCGGCACUCCCAUGAACACAGUGUCUCUGUUCACCAUCAUCCUGCAUCUGGCCAUUGAGAUCAAGAGUUGGACUGUGGUGCACUGGGUGAUUAUGAUCGGCAGCGUGCUGGUGUACUUCAUCGUGACUCUGGCUUACAGCGCCAUCUGCAUCAGCUGCAACCCUCCGUCUGACCCCUACUGGAUCAUGCACAAACAAAUGGCCGACCCCAUGUUCUACCUCGUCUGCAUUUUAACAACGGUUGUUGCAUUACUACCAAGGUACACCUUGCAUGUCCUAAGGGGAACACUGGCGCCCUCCCCUCACCUCCGUGCACGACAGCUCGAGCGUCUCUCCCCGUCCCAUCGGGAGCAGCGGAUCAGAGAGUGGCGUGGUCUCAGAGACACGUGUAUCUCUCCUUCUCCCAGCGCAUAAAGUACACACACUGCACAGUCCGGCGCGCCACAUUUCCUCGUGCACCGAGAACAACCAUGCCACAAAACUUGAAUAUUGCAACAAACUGAAGCCCAUAUUUUUGUUUUGCACACAUGGACGCUGCUUUGUGCAGUGCUCAUGCACCGGUGUUUUGACUUGAAGCCUGUGCGUUUCAAUUUCUAAACCCUUUUUGCUCUCAUAAACCGAGUUCAUAGGUUUACUGCUGCAUCUGUGUCUGGGCAGCUGUUGUGAACUCGGGUUUACGGUCCACACUUGAUCAGUGCAUGCGUGUUAUUUCUCAUGCAUGAAUGUAAUGUGUUCGAUGGAUGCAGCUGAGCCUUUUCCCUUCUGUGCAACCUAAUUCCUGUUGUCAUGCAGACCACAUUUGUAUGCACUUGUGCUUUGAGCUGCUCAAGUAAUAAUUGAGGUUUGCAGAUGUUACAUAAUAUCUAGACUCAUUUAUUCAGAGCUUGUUGUGCAUGCUGAGAGAAAUACAAGCACCACAGUGAGAUUAAGGAGGCUGGAUCUUCCUUUUCUUAUUAUGAAUUCCUUAUAAAUUUAUUGGCUCAUAAUGCUUGUUGAUAGCUGUGUGUUUAAUGCUCUAAGGCAGAUCAUACAGUCAUGCGCUGGUUUUUGAAUAUUUAAUUGCCCUGCUGACGUCUGGCUGACGUUCUUCACUCAUGAUGCGGUCAGUGAUGACCUCACACUCAGACGGAUCACGGCUCGUUUCCGCAUCCUUCCAGCAUGUUGCAACACACACCACAGUCAAGGCUCAGUAUGAAAAUGAGUGUCUUGUGUUGAUUCUGUUUGCAGAACCCAAGGCGGUUUUAUGUAACCAUGUCAGGCGGGUUUCUGACGGGACGCUUCUGCGAUCUAGUGGUGCUCUGAUAAACUGCAAACACAACCAUCCAUUUAGAGAGAGAGAGAGAGAGAAGACACAAGAUGGUUGAAGUCUGAAUGUCAGAACAACUGAUGCUUUAUUAAACCCACAUGACACUGUUUUUAGGCAGACACUCGCUGUAAGAUUUCUUCAAGGGCAGAUACUUCAGGUUGUAAACCGAAUUAAACUGUUAAAUGAAAUGAUACAUUAAAAAUAUUUCUAAUAUAUGCAUAUGAAUGCAUUUUUUUAAUUGCACAGAUUCAUAUAUUAAGUGAUAUAGAUCCCAAAUAAAUGCCACUUUGUGUCAGAAGCUUAUUUAAUAAAAUAAUACUUGAUAACACAUCUGUAUGUAAUAUUUAAAUGUAAAAUUGUAUGCAUGUAAAUUAUUGGUAUUUUAUUUUUUUGAAAAAGAAAAAAAAAAGAUGGCUAAUAACAGGUCAAAGAAAAACAAAUAAGCCUACCAUUAGAUGCAAUAUUUAAAAACUUGUUUUUUUUUUUUUUUUAUUAUGAGAAUUUUAUUUUUAAAUGUGCAAUAUGAUUGAUGUUUUCAUGAUGA